UAGAAGGGUAGUGUCGGCAUAAUAAACUAAAAGUGUAGCUGCACUCAUCUAAGCUAGGAUCAAAGACAAAGGAUAUAUGAAGAUGAGGGAGUGAGAGAGCAGACAGAACUACAAGCAGAACGCCCGUACAAAAGAUGGGCUUUUUUCCGACAGACUUCCGCCGCCGCCUCGCCGUUGAGCAAACGAUUUUUGUGCAGUCCGGUGUGCCGUUUUCCGUCUUAGCUUGUUGCUUGUCCUCAUUUCUUUUCCGUAAGUCUGAGCGGUUGCGCUCGUUGCUUUCGGCACUGAGUACUGGUCUUCUUGGGAACAACUACUGCCAUGAUGAACACUUUGGUCGACGUAAUGACCGCAGUGAUAGUUGUGCAGACGGAGCAGCUAUCUUCCAGCGACUAUUCGCGGCUGGCUUCCCGCUGCUCGUAUAUUUCGGCGGAUACCUCAUUCUGUUCCAGAAGCUGUUUCGUGAGAAGCUUUUGGGCCACCUACCGCCGCAGUUUUCCGGCGAUGCCGCUCGAGCGGGGUGGCGCGACUUCGAACGGUACCGCCUGGCAGCGGAAUAUUUCUACAUGAAAAUCGUAUUUGAUGAAGAUCAUGACAAUGACGACCCAGCAACAUGUGAAGUUGAGAACUACCUCUUCGCCUGUCAUCCGCACGGAUUUUUUGUGUUUUCUGCCCUGUUUGCUUUGAGCACGAAUGGGGCACUGGAGUUACGACCCAGUACCGAGCUGGACGGUUCGACGUCUCCAUCAAACAAGGGAAACGAAUCAGCAGGAAUAAAAUUGGAAGAGCCGACGGAACGGAAAACACUCGUCACGGUUUCGCAGACUCCAAGAGCCCCGGCAAAAAACGCAAAUCCCUCCGUCAAGGACAACAUUCUGCAUCAAAUCCGCCACAACUUUCGCUUCGCGGUGGCGGACUUUCCGUUUGUGGUUCCGGGCAUGCGAGAGUACGGACUUUUCACCGGCGCCAUUUCUCCAACCGUCGCGGCCAUCCGACACAAUCUGAGCAAAGCUUCGAAGGCCCGCUCCGUGGGACUCGUAAUCGGCGGCGCGCAGGAGGCACUUUUAGCCGGACUGGGCGACGACAAAAUGCGGCUCAUCGUGAAGGACCGCUUUGGCUUCGUGCGGGAGGCGCUGCGGGCGCGCGUGAAAAUCGUGCCAGUGCUACACUUCGGGGAGAAUGCGCUGUGGGAACAGAUAUUUUGUGGCACGAGUGCACCACCACCAGCACCUGCAGCAAGAAUUGGUGCCGGCGUCGAGGCUCCUCCUUCAUCUCCCUCCGGUGGUGGAGGUGCUACGGACCACGAUGCGUCAGCGUCGCCACCAGCACCUUCAGUCUCCUCGUUUGUGGAGUCGUUCGUCCGCAAGCUGCAACUCUGGCAGCUGAAUACUCUUGGGAUUGUCGUCCCGCUCUUCUGGCCCGGUCAGUUUCAGUUGGGUUUCGCCCCAAAGAAGGGACGCAAGCUCGUCACGGUGUUCGGAAAACCCUUUGACCCGUGGGCUUAUCUUCGCCUGCAGGGGAAAGUUAAAAGCGCUCCGACGGCCACGGAAGCCGUGCCUUUGGGUGCUGAAAAAGAUACAGGUACAGCUGGGGUUGAAAACACAGAUCUCCAAAGGCGAGAACAAACUCAUGAGUUAGAAAGAAAAACGAACGCAGCAGAAGAAUCCUCGACGGUGCCUGUGGUGACAAACGAGAUGACGGCAGUUGCGCACGAGGGAUAUUUGGAGCAUCUGCGACAGUUACACUCAAAAACGGCACCUUUGUAUGGGGAGAAAUGCGAUCAAGUGCUCGAGUUUCUUUCUUCGGAGGAAGCGAAGGCCGCGAUGUAUCAAGCUCACGGCUAUAUUGGUGGUGGUGGACAGAAUUAUACUACGAGCACGAAACCAGGCACAGAGUACCAGAAGCACAGGCAGAGCAAGCUUUGAGCUAGACAAAAAGAAAAAAAUCAACUUGGUCAAAAAGAUCAUAUUCGCACUCGGCAUUAGAAACUACAAAAGGAGCGAGAACUACUCACUAGUACCGCAAGAUGAAAGAGUCCAAAAACGAACGCAGACUGAUGUCAUCAUGUAUGAUCUUGAGAAGAUAGAACCUGACUCAGUUGUCAUGGUCCAGAGUCAUCUGCGUUGUCGUAUCAGCCAGUCUUUUCGAAGCUGAGCAUCAUACGUUGAU